ACCGACAAUUGCGACAAUCAUGCGAAUCCUUCUCCACCCUCAAUUGCGCGCUGCGCUUCCAAAGUCUAUUCAAAGAGAUAUCCGUGCUCGAGUAUGGACUCGAUUCAAAUCUCAAGCACCCCGCCCAUCCCGUCGCCAUGAAUCUCUUUCGCCUGCACCUAAAGACCUAAUCACUGCGACGACACGAACUACUUCCCCUGCAAGCGCUGCCGCUAAGACAACCGUUCGGAGAGGACCCCCGGAGCGCAUUUUGGUAUACUAUGGUGGAACUGGCCGAUCCAUGUUCCUAGGCAUAUUGCGGGUGACAACAAUUCUUCUCUUUGGCGGAGCUUGCCUGAUUAUCGCCCCCUCUUGUUACAAUGCUGAGAAUGCAUGGUACAUUACACCAUUAGUGAUUGCCGGCGGCGCAAUGCCAAUGCUCUUUGUCGCCUAUACCUCUGCACCCUACGUCAGCUUCAUCCACCUAGCCCUCCCAGCAUUCGCAAGGAAAUCUCGCGAGACGGCUAUUCACUACGCAAAAGAACUACCACCCACAACCAUGUUGAUUCUCACAACGACAAGAUUCAACGCAAUUCCACGACAGACCGCCGUCCGUCUGGGAGAUCUAAUGCCUGAUAAAAGUCCCUUCCGGCCUGUCACUUUCCGAAAUGUGAACCCUGCACCCAGGUCUUGGUGGAUGGGUAGGCCCACGGCAAAAUUCUUUGCGGCUGGUCAGAGUCAGCCGGGCAGACAAUCAACGGCAUUCUAUCCUGAGCUAUGGCCAGAUAUCUACAAGAGGAUACAGAGUCAAGUGGCUCAACGGCGAUGAAUGGACCAUUUUGUCAAUAUUUCUACCUAUGGUAAGGCUUAGUAGGUAUUAUGAGGAUAUCUAGGUGCUCGAUGUACCUAUUAUCUUUAAUAUCUGAAAAUGGAAUAGUCUGUCAUGCAAAAGCAUGAGUUGGCGUACGAUUAGCCCCAGCCUCUAGAUAUUUAGCUAAAUACUUUGCACCCUAUUUCAAGAGAA